AUGGUGAGUGCCAUCGACGCAUCCUCGUGGUACAAAGAUGGCUACAUUGAAAGCAUCAGGCGAGUGGAUUCCCUCCACCGAAAUCAUCCUCCGUACAUACAAAUUCGCAAUGCAGAUUCGUACCCUUUCCUCGACGCCGAUACUUUUGUUCCGCCCGUCCACUUUUUUACCUCAUCCUUGCGACCAAAGAAGGCAUCGAAGGCUUAUCAACUACCGGAUCCCUAUGGAAUGGAUACCUCCCAAGUUGACCAGCCAGCCGUUCAAGUUGGAAGCGAAGUGAAAAGCGUUGAUCGGAAACGACGUCUAAAAUCGCCACCUCCAUCACUGCCGGCGAAAUCAAAGCAAAAAGUCAUGUCUGGUGAACACAAUCGUGAGCAGGGUGUAGACGAAUUGAAUCCGGUUUAUCAUAUAUAUCAUCCCUUAAACGACCGAAUACCCACAAAAGUUCCUAAGAGAAGAUAUGCAGAUAAGGAAGGUCUUUUCACCCCCAAUAUAGAGAUAUCGCCGGUCGAUCCGAUUUGGCAGUCUAUUGACCCGACUCCUGAUGUUCGGAGUCUUUUUGCUACCUUUGACGCUCAAUUUUUUGGAGGAAGACUGUCUUGUGUAGAAGUUCGGUGGAGUCCUCGAAUGACUCUCUGCGCAGGUCAGUGCAUCUAUGAGGGUCCUGGAGGCCUCUGUUCGAUUCGUUUGAGCGAACCUCUUCUUAAAUAUCGCCCACGGACACGAGAUGAUACAUGCAUAUCUUUUUGUAACACAGAACAAAAGGGUAAGUUGCAGAUUAUAGCUUUAGUGACUAAUUGUACACAGGAUCGUAGUGCUCAUGGGCCCGUUUUCCGAUUCCACAUGAACCGGAUUAACAAAUGUGCCAAGACCAACAUAACUGUUUACCACAGUUUUCAUGACGAAGUUGAUAAUUAUAAAGUUCACUGGUGGAAGUGCAACGGUCCAUGUGCAAAUCGUCCCCCAUUUUAUGGUUUAGUGAGACGUUCUAUGAACCGGGCACCGGGACCUAACGAUCUCUGGUGGGCUGAGCAUCAAGCUUCCUGUUCUGGUCAGUUUAUUAAGAUUUCAGAACCUGAAAGUCCCAAAAAUACCGCGAAGAAGAGUAAAAAGGGAAGGGAAAAAUCAAAUUCCCAAGUGAAGACUUCCGGCUCUACGCCCGAUCUGCGCCAGUUCUUUCAAAAGUCACUCAAAACAGAAGAUACACAUGCGAGUUCAUCCAUGGCAUCAGAGACGACCAUGUUGAAAGAGCCGGUGGUUCCUUUUAAUGGAGUCGGGCAUAGGUUAGGGGGUUCUCCGUCCCCAUCGGCUCGAUCUCGCCUUUUGGCCUUGACCGCUCCGCGUCCCACGUCCUUGCAACCCACGUUUGCCACGGCCUCAGCCACUGGCUGUGGUUCUGACCCUAGCUUUGCCGGCCCGUCCGUCAGCAACGAUAGCGAUUUCACGCCCAUGGGAGCGGUCCAAUGCCCGGUCUGCUUCCAAGCUGUGCUGGCGGAGUUGGUGAACGAGCACUUGGAUGCAUGUCUUGUUGCUGCGACGCUGACUCACGUCUACACCUGCAGUUUGUGUCGCCGGGGUUUUGCUGUGCCGGAAACGCUUACAAUGGCGGUGGAGACGCGAAAACCGGUAUAG